GCCAAUUUGUUGAGGAGCGUCACUGAUGACCAGAGUGAAUUCUACAAAAAAGUGUUUGUUCGAGGGAGAUGGUACAAUUUCAAUCCUACUCUGAUCAGGAAAGUGCUCAACUGCUACUGCCAGAACAUGGUGGAGUUGGAGGAAUCAUUGGACAUAAUAGCCUCCAUCAUUACCAGCAAUGUCCAUCUCACUUGGCUUGAUAAGAUUCGAGCCUCAUCCCUGACCACUGUCUAUGCUGCCUUGUUUGUCAUUACUACAAGGAAUUGGUUGCCCAAUAGCCAAAGGGAUGCAGUAAGUAAGAAAGUUGCAGUGUUGAUUAGAAAGGUUGUUAAGAUGGUGGAGUUUGACCUAAGCCAGUUGGUCUUUGAUGAAGUGGUCAGGCACGCAAAGAAAGUACAUGCAAGGCACUUUGAGGAACCCUGUUGGAUGUAACAGGAUAAUGAUUGAUCACCUGUCCUCUUCCAUUGAAUCUCAUAAUCGAGUCAUUAUCAAGUUACGCACAGAAAUUCAAGUUAUCUAACAUAUUAGAGAGAGUGAGAUAGCUUUGCGCAAUGAUCUAUUAACUCACCCUAAGGAGUAAAGAGUUUGGCACAUAGUUUAAACAAAAAAGGGAGUAGAGUUAGAGAGGAUUGGAAGUUGGUACUGCUGCUAAUGUUGUCAUUGAUUUUUAUCUAUUUUUUAUUAUCCCCAUUUCAAUUUUCUUUUUCUCCUGGUUGUAAAACAAACUUAUGAAUAUUAUCAGUGGAUUGAUAUGACUUACAUUGCUA